AGUCCUAAGCAUGCCUCACUAUUGGCCAGACCAUAGUCUUUAACGCUAAGAAACGAUCAACUGCUGAUCCAGUGGCAAAACCAAGACAUUCAUUACAGCACGAGCCACCACUCCCUGUUUACAUUGGCUUGAACAUGCAUGGCCUGACCAGAAGUAAGCAUCUUAUCAAUCAGUUACACCAGCUGGGAAUCUGCAUUUCCUACGAAAGGGUUUUACAGCUUGAAGAUUGGAUUGCUAAAGCAAUAUGCAUACAUUUUCACGAGGACGGAGUUGUAUCCCCUGUCUGCCUGCACAGCUGUCUGUUUUGGUGCUUUGGACAACCUGGACCAUAAUCCCAGUUCAACUACAUCACAAAGCUCUUUCCAUGGUACUGGUAUUAGUAUGUUCCAAUUUCCAUCCCAAAACAAGUCGGGUGAAUGUAGACCACCUUUUACGGUUCCUGCCGCUGUGAGUGGAAAGGAUGCUCAGCUACCUGAAAUCUGCACUACUGUCCCGGCUGUAGCUAUAGCAAAGUUUAACACUGUUGUCCCAGAGGUAAAGGUGGAGCAAACAAAGGUCUGCCUGGAUAAAGCCCUAGAAGCGGAAAAUGAAUGGGUGCAGAUCUCCAGCGACUUUUGAAAAAAAGAAGAAAUAGAAAGGAGACUCUAUUCAUAGGCAGCUUAUCACGCCUCUCAAAAAACGCCUACACAUGGGCUUCCAGCCUUGUGUGCAAUGCUACCUCUCUUCUAUGAGUAGUCUGCUACACCUGCAAUGAUUAAGCACGGUAUGGAUGUAGUGAAGCAAGCCACAAAUUUACUUCACCCUGGCAAAGCUGGUCCAAUGGCAUUUUCCAGCCACUCACGGCGAAGGACAGUAUGUAGCCAUGUCAGAAGGCUUGCACACAGAGAUGGCUCUUUGGAACGUACUUGGAGAUUUAAUGGAAGGCUCUGGGUGGACAUCAGCUCUAUUAAAAGCUGAAGUAUCUUCUGCCGGGACUGCACAAUCGAUGUUGAACGCAGCUCACCUUACCUGUGCCAGACACGACCACCAAGUCACACUGUUAACCUUGCAUAUCCUUCAACGCGAAGCUUUCUUAAGUUGUAUUGGCUCUGGACACGAAGAAACAGCCGAAGCCUGGAGAUUACAGAUGAUAGCUAAAAGUCCAACAUUUAUGUUCUGGGACCUUAUUUUGCGAUACGAAACUCUUAUUCUCAUCUUUGUCCGGGCUCACAGGGAGAGAAACUUUCAUUUGUUUGUGAACGUUUUGGAAGAACUACGCACUUCUGUUCUUUGCCUUAGACCAUGUCAAUUAUGCAAGGUGGCUACCCGUUCAUAUAAGAGAUAUGAAAUCUUUGCCUCGGCCAAUCAAAGAGAGUUUCAGAUUCAGGGUGACUGGGUUAUUUCGAAAACGGCCAAUACAUUCUCUGGAAUACCAUUUGAUCAAGCACACGAGACAGAAAACUGCAACGUGAAAGGUGCGGGGUUUGUAUUGGUCUUACAGAAAAUCCUGUUGCUUUGCGACGCUGGAUGCUGUCAGGACCAGAGCUGUCAAGACUUCGGAAACAGUUCGAGAGCGAAUACUUUUCUGAUAACGAUCCAGAUAAUCUCCAAAACUUUCUGAAUCAUAAGCAAGGUUUAUCAACACAGAAAACCUUCCAAAGGCAGGUCACUAGUCUCUCUAGCAUCAUAAGGAAGAUGAGGAACCCUUUCUUGGCCGAUUUUUCAGAUCUUGUAUCCCUAGACGGUCAAGAUUGUGCUCAUGAAUCAGUCAUAACUGCAUUGUACACCCUUGAAGACACAGGGAAGGAACAGUACAGUAACAGUAUUGGAAGAACGAAAACGAUCUAUUCAUGAACCCAUUAAAUUAAACAAGCCAGCACUAUUCAGGAAACCCAGUUCAAAUAUUAAGUUGAAGCAAGGAAAGAAGAUUAAAGCUCUUGAAAAUAAUGUGUCUCUUUUUGGUCAGUUGUAUAUCUCAAUGCAGAGCUGUUAAGGGGACUUGGAAGAAUUCUUUUCUCAUGAAGUCCAAUCCUUUCCUCCCUCAUUGUCAGAAUUCGGCAAACGUUAUCUGCGGGGCACAAAGUCUGAACUGAUAAAAUGCCUUGAGCCACUACAUAAAUCUAUGCCACCUGAAACAUUCAGCUGUAAAGUAUUGGAUGGUGCUGUCAUCAUACACUGCUUGUCCAUCGCUGGAAUUACAACAUUCAAAAAAUACGCAGAGAAGGCUUUCAUCCUUCAUCUUCAGAGUCAUCUACAAGGAACAGAAAGGUUGGACGUUGUAUGGGACACAUACAGACCGGAAAGUUUAAAGGAGUCGACUCGUCAGAAGAGAGGAAAGGGGGUCCUCAGAAAGGUAUCCGGAGAAACCAAGUUGCCACGAAACUGGUCAGACUUUCUGCAUGAUUCAUCAAACAAGAAAGAGCUGUUUGACUUUCUUACCUAUAAAGUGGCAAACUUUGUCUUCCCCGAGGGAAAGGCGGUUUACAUCACUUCUGAAGAGUCAGUGCUAAAGGUAUGUUCAUCCAGUCCCAUGCCAAACUGCAGUCAUGAAGAGGCCGACACAAGAAUUGUGGUUCAUUUACUACACGCACUUCAGCAGGGAUUGACGACUGUGUAAGUUCGCACUGUGGACACUGAUGUUGUUGUUGUCCUUAUUGGUGUCUUUCACAAGCUGUUACUGUCACAGCCCAAGGCUGAUAUUUGGGUCGCCUUUGGAGUGAGAAAGAACUACAGACAUUACAGCAUCAAUGCUCUGUCCACCAGCCUUGGCACAAAAAGGUCACAAGCACUACCAAUGCUUCACACGAUUUCUGGAUGCGACACAACCUCUGCUUUUUGGGGAAAAGGGAAGAAGUCGUUCUGGCAAGCUUGGAUGGCGUUUGAAGAGGUUACAGACACUUUUGUCUACCUAGCUUCACAUCCUUUUGAGCCUCUUGAUUCCAACUGUGAGAACUUUCGAAAGAUUGAGCGGCUGAUCGUCCUCGUCUACGACAAAACGAGCACUUCAGUUUCAAUCAACCAGACAAGGAGGGAACUGUUCUGUCUAAAGAACAUCACGAUGGAAAGGAUGCCACCGAUGCAGAAAGCCCUCCUACAACACGAAGAGGGCUGUUUACCAAGCUUCUAUCUGGAUUACAAAUACCGAAGUACAGCAGAUGAUUCCUUCCCCAAGCGGCUAUGGCUGGAGACAAGUAGACAAUGUGUGGAGCCCACUUUGGCUAACUGUUCCAGAGCUUUCUAAAGCCUGUCAAGAUUUAAUCAAGUGUAAAUGCAAGGGAGACUGUUCCAACUGCAAAUGUGGCAAAGCGAACUUGAAGUGUUCCCCGCUUUGCAAUUGUAAU